UGGGUUGCCCAAUGAGCGUCGCCUCAUAGCCCCGAUGCGGGGUCACCCGAGCCAAUCGGCGGCGGUGGAGGGCGGGCGCGGGAGACAUAGGCGGUGCGGCGGAGGCGGAGCGGGCGCUGCGGCAGGAGGGAAGAUGGCGGACGAGGAGAAGCUGCCGCCGGGCUGGGAGAAGCGCAUGAGCCGCAGCUCAGGCCGGGUGUACUACUUCAAUCACAUCACUAAUGCCAGCCAAUGGGAGCGGCCCAGUGGUAAUAGCACGAGUGGUGGCAAAAAUGGGCAAGGGGAGCCAACCAGGGUCCGCUGCUCGCACCUGCUGGUCAAACACAGCCAGUCACGGCGGCCCUCGUCCUGGCGGCAGGAGAAGAUCACCCGAACCAAGGAAGAGGCCCUGGAGCUGAUCAACGGCUACAUCCAGAAGAUCAAGUCAGGAGAGGAAGACUUUGAGUCUCUGGCCUCACAGUUCAGCGACUGCAGCUCGGCCAAGGCCCGGGGAGACCUGGGUGCCUUCAGCAGAGGCCAGAUGCAGAAGCCAUUUGAAGACGCCUCAUUUGCGCUGCGGACAGGGGAGAUGAGUGGGCCCGUGUUCACGGAUUCCGGCAUCCACAUCAUCCUGCGCACCGAGUGAGGCCGGUGGCAACCGGGCCUGGUCUGCAAGGUGGGCGGGGCGCUGGCCCACCCAGCUCUCCCU